CGUCAAAGUCAAGCCCCGUCCGCCGGCCGUGAGCGAUCUCACAGCCCAGUUGAGCGACCGGGAUCCCCACUCGUAAUGUAGCGGACCAAUGAAUGUAGCAGCUUCCAACUGCGCUGAAAACUUUCGUACGAUUCGCAUGGUCCCCGCGGGCCAAAUCCAACCUCAACACGGACAAGAACAAUGGUCUGGGCCUUCGGUUGAGGCAAUGCCCGCCAGCGAGCUCUGAGGCUCGGAACUUUCCACGGCUAGCUGUGCAACGAAUGGACCGGCUGAACCGGCCCAUCGGAUCCUUCCCACGGCGCAAGGGAGACGGGGAGAGAAGUGGGCCGCUGAUGGAUGGCACCGGGUAAAGACUGACACGGAGGCGAGAGGAUAAUCUCAUCAGAAUCUCAUCAGAAGUUAUCGUUGACAGUGAAAAUACAGUGUAUCGGAGUAAUUGGGAACACAUCUUGUUGGACUAGCUGCCGGCUAACGAAAAAAUCCCUAUAUUUAAAUAUACAUAUAUAUAUAUUUACAGAAUUAAAUUAUAUAUAUAUAUAUAUAUAUAUAUAUAUUCAAAUAUAAACAGGCGCCAACCAAUCUCACAGCAAGACUGCAAGAAUGAGCAAGUCAGCCGGAUCAACAAGUCGCAUCUUGGACAUUCCCUGCAAAGUGUGUGGGGAUCGCAGUUCAGGCAAACACUAUGGCGUGUACGCGUGUGACGGCUGCUCGGGGUUCUUCAAGCGCAGCAUCCGCAGGAACAGAACCUACGUUUGUAAAUCAGGAAAUCAGGGCGGAUGUCCCGUCGACAAGACGCAUAGAAAUCAAUGUCGAGCCUGCCGACUGAAAAAGUGUCUUGAGGUUAACAUGAACAAAGACGGCUUCAUGAAGUGUACUACAGGUCCACCACCGAUUUUCCAGAGCCUUUUUGGAUUAUCUGUGUUGCGGGACCAUCAGAAGUCACGGCCUCUGAGAGGAGUCAAACGGUACCGCAACGUUCUGCCCAGGGGCCGAGAUACUGGCCCGCAAAAGUCGGCCUCGGAAGUCGGCUAUGGGAACGGAUCUGCAGCUCCAGCCGGGCCGGGGUUCCAGAGCCCCGGCCGCAGCGGGCAAACUCGUCCCGCUGAUCGGCCGCGGAAGUACCCGCACGAGGUAAACGGAGCGCCCAUGUACCUGUACGAGGUGGCGACGGAGUCGGUGUGUGAAUCCGCCGCCAGGCUGCUCUUCAUGAGCAUCAAGUGGGCCAAGAGCGUGCCAGCAUUCUCUACGCUGCCAUUCCAGGACCAGCUCAUCCUUCUGGAAGACGCCUGGAGGGAACUCUUUGUGCUGGGAAUCGCUCAGUGGGCCAUCCCGAUCGACUCCAGUACGCUGCUGGCCGUGUCCGGUAUGAACGGUGAUAACACGGACUCGCAGAAGCUGAACAAGAUCAUUGCGGAGAUCCACGCGCUGCAGGAGGUGGUGUCCAGGUUCCGUCAGCUCCGUGUCGACGCCACCGAGUUUGCCUGCUUGAAAUGCAUCGUGACGUUCAAAGCCGUUCCGACUCAGGGUGGCUCGGAGCUGAGAAACUUCCGGAACGCCUCGGCGAUCGCAGCGCUCCAAGAUGAGGCACAGCUCACUCUUAACAGCUACAUCCACACAAGAUACCCCGCCCAGCCGUGCCGCUUCGGAAAGCUGCUGUUACUCCUGCCAGCGUUGCGUUCCGUGAAUCCCUCGACCAUCGAAGAGGUGUUUUUCAAGAAAACCAUCGGCAACGUGCCGAUCACAAGACUGUUGUCAGACAUGUACAAAUCCAGCGACAUUUAACUCCCCGACCACCGCAGCCGGAUAAUCAGUCUCACCCGCCGUUCUAAGUGAAACCUCUCCAGCAGACUAACAGAACUCGUGGCUAUUCCUGUCAAAGAAACGUUGCGUUUGCCUGUGUCCCAAAGGCCAAGGGGCUGUUAAUAUCGCGUAGCUGGCCGUAUCGUACUUGUGAACCGCCCACCCAACAACUUGAGCUUCUUGGAGGAGUCGUUGGAAUGAACUGCAGAUACCGGUUCACAUCGAAGACAAGACACUCCAGCAUUUUUGUGUCUGUCUAUCUUUCGAGCUAUUUGGAGUCGCCAUCAAUGACUGAGUUUGAGAUGUUCUUCGAAACAAAAGCCAUCAGAAGAUUGUCGAGGCUGUAGGGAUUUCUUUCUGCUGACGGUGGCCGGAGGUUGCUCAGGUGGGUUGGCGGAUGGCUUAGACUUACCCGCUGACCUGAAUGGAAUGGAAGAAAGCCAACGCGGUCAAGAGUUCAAACCCACCCACACGCCACUUCUAAUACAACCCUUGCCAGAUGACAAGGUGGUCUUCAAAGCACAUUCAUCAAUUGAUCUGCCAGCUCUAUCAUGGUGAACUCCUUGCAGUGAAUAAACAGCCCAGGCUAUUGGAGAGAAGGCAUUGGCAUGUUGUACAGUCGUGAUAUCCCUCAAUAUACUCACUCCUGCGGCUCUUCACUAGAUCGCUUUUAAUUUUCUUUCUCUUUUUGUUUGUUUGUUGCUGUUGUUAACAUCUCUAAGAUGCUUGGCAGAAAUGGGCGUAAGGUCGACACGUGUAAAUUAGACAAACCAAAUGUGAAGAUUGGAGAUAGACAGAAAAAUGCUGGAGUAACUCAGCGGGACAGGCAAUGCAUCUCCGGAGAGAAGGAAUGGGUGGCGCUUUGGGUCACGACCCUUCUUCAGAUUGGCG